AUGAGUUGGCCUCCAAAUAGCCGGCACCUUUUGUUGCUACUAUUACUAAUAGCAGCAGAACGUGCUGUAUUCGCUCGACGAGACCUCCGAAGGCAAAUUCCGUUCGUAUUCACUGCCAAAUUAUAUAAUGUUUCUUUGGAAGAGAACGCUCCUGGCACGGAAUUUGCCCGUUCAUCUGAUCACGUCCCUAUUGGAGUUCCACUACCGCAUAGCGAUGCGACCGUUAAAUUCAAAAUUGUCGAGGGGGACCGACAACACCACUUUAAAGCACAUUCUCGCCAAGUAGGCGAUUUUGUGUUUUUGCGGAUUAGACAGAAGGACCGAAUGGACACACCUUUGAACAGAGAGCUUAAGGAUCACUACGAUUUCUUAAUAAAAGCAACUUGUCGUCAAAAAGAAGCGGGUAAUCUGGAAGCCACUGCUAAGGUUCGUCUCACCAUUACUGAUCGAAAUGAUGCUAUGCCCAUAUUCACACUGGAAGCUGAUCAGUACGAAGCGACAGUUAGCGACCAGCUUGUUCCAUUCUCCGACGUAAUUCGAAUCGAAGCGUCGGAUGCUGAUGAAGGGAUCAAUGGACAAAUCUAUUAUUCGUUAGUGAAUCGAUCAGCAGAUUUUACUAUAGAUCCUAUUACUGGUUGGGUUCGUUCGCUAAGGCAUUUACGUAGUGGUGUUUACAACCUAAAAGUGCGAUCAGAGGACAGAACAUCCAGAUUGUUCUACAGUGAUCCGGAUCAAAUUCAGCCAGCAUGGUUGAAGGAUGUUGUGAUCACUGUCACCGAAUCGAAACGUCGUCAUUUGAAACUUCUUGUCGCUAACAAACUGAUCAAUGGAUACCGUUCCGACAUAGAACAACUAGCAGCUGUUAUACGAGUGGAUAUUCCUCCGAAUGAGUCUGCACAAGGGGGUCCGAUUCACCUCGAUGUGGUCGAGGACGACUUGAAGCAUUGGUUCUCUCUUAGAGCAAAUGGCGAUUUGGAGUGGCAAUUGUUCACGGUCCCGGGUCGACUGAUUCCUCAGCAAACAAACGUUACCAUAUCGGCUGGUCAAGAGCAUCCGUCGAGUGGUAUGGUCAACACAACGGCGAACAUCAAGAUCGAAGUUGGCCAGCCACAUUCAAUUGUUUUUGAGGACGCUAUGUUGUCUUUCAAUGUCAACGAAUCUUCUCCUGUAGGAUAUGUUAUAGGAAGAGUGUCAGCUAGUGCAAUGUAUAAAAUGGAUGAGAGAAAUAUUAGGUAUUAUUUGGAAAUGCGCGAGAAUUCCACCGUACCCUUCGAGGUUUCUGAAAAGUCUGGGAUCAUUCGACUCUCACAAGAACUUGACUACGAGACUCAAAGGGAAUAUAGCUUCAACAUUCUGGCCAAGCUGGCUGGAUUUGGAGGACAGAGUUCUAUUGUAAUUACCAUUUAUGUGAAGGAUUCGAACGAUCAUUCGCCUAUAUGGGCCGCAAAAUGGAUGCGUCAGGGGCCGAUUGCUGUGUCAAGCGAUACAGCAGUUGGGACUGUAGUUCUUAAGGUGGACGCUUUGGACCUCGAUUCUGGCGAAAAUGCUCGAAUAGGUUAUAAGCUAUCGUCUGAUUCUCAAGUCCCGUUCUCUGUGGAUUUCGAAACUGGCGAGAUUUCAUUGGCAAAUGCUUUGAAAAAGAACGAAAAUGAAUGGAGUGUCUCGGUGUGGGCUGUUGAUGCUGGAAAACCGCUGCCAAGAUCCGCUUUUCUCAAUCUUGUCUUUUAUCGUAAUGGAACGAAGGUGCCCGCAAAGCCUAAGCCGGUCGUUGGCGGAGAGCCAGCUAACAAUCAUGCUCCAAUAUUCGAAGAAUUCAGUGGGCCUAUCGAAAUUCGAGAGGAUACAAGUAUAGGGACGGUCAUCUCUGUGAUUUAUGCCUCGGAUAACGAUGUUGGUUACGGUGGACUGGUGCGUUUUUCCAUGUGGGACGACUACUUCGAGAUUGACCCCGAGUCCGGAGUAAUCCGCGUAGCCGGAGACCUUACUGAACUGCUAACACCUGGAAUGACAAUCUUAACUCGUGAAAUAGAAAUUACUGCUUCUGAUGAAGGAUCACCAAGGAAAACAUCCAAGAAGGCUGUGAAGAUCCUCAUCAAAGAUGUCAACAAUCAUGCUCCACAGUUUCAAGAGCACUGGUAUCGAAUACAUGUCAGCGAAGAUACGAAAGUCGGUUCGGUGUUGUUAAAACUGACGGCUACUGACGACGAUGGAGGUGAUAACGCAAAAGUUGGAUAUCGAUUGGCUGGAGGACAGGAUGACCAUGUGAAAGUUGAUGAGAAGACUGGUAAACUGACACUUGCAAGACCGUUGGACAGGGAGGCUAACAAUGUUCUACGACAUGCCGUAAUCGCAUUUGAUCACGGCGCCCCGUCACAGAUCUCGGCCGUAAAUCUGACCAUUGAAGUGGACGAUGUCAAUGACAAUGCGCCUUUUUGUGUGGAGCCGAUAACUACAGUUCGAAUACCAGAAGAUUACCCAGACGGUGCUCUCGUGGGAUGUGUUGCUGCGUCGGAUGCUGAUAUUGGAGCGAACGCUCGGCUCAGGUUCUCCCUAGAGCCAGAAGAAAAUGGACUAGCGCCACCUUUCAAGAUUGAUCACAGGACUGGAUGUGUUUUUAUCCACUCGCCACAUCAGCCAUUGGAUUUCCAACGAAGACCUUUGUAUAAUAUGACUAUAGAUGUGGCCGACAAUGGUGAGGUAGUGCUGAGUACAACUUGCUCAUUUAUCGUGGAAUUGGAAGAUGUGGACGAGAAUCUUCAUGCACCGGAAUUUGACGAUGUCGCACUUGAAGCUAGUGUUUAUGAAAAUAUGCCUAUUGGUACCGAAGUCCUAACAGUAAAAGCAACGGAUCAAGACAAUCCCGUUGCCGCCGUGGAUUAUAAUAUCGUGGGAGGAAAUGGAAUGCCCUAUUUUGCCAUUGACUCUUCAGGAAUGAUUCGAACAGCAAAAGUGUUGGAUCGUGAAGAGCAAAGCACGUAUUGGCUUACGAUCGAAGCAAACGACAGUCCUCAAAGUCGCGUAGCAAAAACAGGAGUACUUCAUGUUUUUGUACGCGUUCUCGACAGAAAUGAUCAUCGCCCGGUUCCACUGCUACCGAUUUAUCAUGCUGGUGUGAAAGAAAACUCACCACAGAACAUUGUUGUGGUAAAGAUUGAUGCCACCGAUGGAGAUGAUGUGGAUUCAAAUUCACCGUCCUCACUUCGUUAUAAGAUUUCCAAAGGAGAUCCACAAAGUUUCUUUCGUAUUGAUCAACACACAGGUUACAUCACAACAUCCGGAUCUCGUCGUCUUGAUCGCGAAACUCAACGAGAACAUGAACUUCGGGUUUCACUUUGUGACUCGGGCGAACCUCAACUCUGUUCAUCAGUGCCCGUAAUUGUUAGCAUAGAAGACGUGAACGACAAUGCACCAAUUUUUGCACAACCGAUCUAUCACCACAACGUACCUGCUGGUGUGAUCGGGAUUGUAAGCAGGGUGUUCGCAAGUGAUGCUGAUGUUGGUAAAAAUGCGGAGCUAUUCUACAACAUCACCGACGGCGAUUCAAGAUUCUCUAUUGAUAACAGCGGGUACAUCACCACAAGUGUACCGUUGACAGCCGAUGAGGUGGUAACUCUGACUAUCCAAGCGACUGACCGAGGAUUACCAGCUCAAAUGACGCAAACUCGAGUGGUCCUCACCGCUGUUGGUCUUCCUCAAAGAAGCAAAGGAGUCGAGAAUCGAGCACCCAGUUUUGCGAAGAACGACGGAAGAAAAAUCCCCGUCUCGGAUGCUGAUCAGGUUGGAUUCACCAUAGCUAAAAUUGAGGCGACAGAUCCAGACGGUGAUGCCGUUUGGUGGAGCAUUGAAGCGGGAAAUGUGAAUGAAACGUUCGCGCUGAGACCUGACAGUGGACUUCUUCAAUUAGCGAAACCCGUCGAAACUCUUUCACAUAACGUAACCUCUAUCGUACUUACUAUUAAAAUCAGCGAUGGACAGUUGAAUGCGACUUCUGAGAUUACGAUCGAAUUAUCGCGCUCGGCCACUUCUCGUCCACAGUUUUCUGCGCAACAUUACAAAACACAAGUUUCUGAGAAAACUGCCGUUGGCACACAAAUCUACACCGUGCGAGCGAAAUCCAGUGUCUCUGGCAAGUCAGCGAAACCAAUGGUGUACGGUAUUCAUUCUGUUGAGGAUAGUAGCAUGGAGGACAAACUUCGCGUGGAACCAACUACUGGAAGCGUACUAGUUAUGGAAUCGUUGGAUUAUGAGGUUUGCCGUGAAAUUCGAGCAAUCAUUUUUGCUCGCCAAGGAACGCUCACUAAUUAUGUUACGCUGACAGUAACAGUAAUGGAUGAUAAUGACAAUGCACCAAGAUUUGUUCACAAAGACUACAGUGUCACAGUACCAUUGAGCUCACCUAUUGGGUAUUCGGUUGUUACUCUACUAGCUCAUGAUGCUGAUUCUGGUGAAAAUGGAAUGGUGAAAUAUAGCAUUAUUAGUGGGAACGAGCUGGGCUUUUUCUCCUUAGACCCAGUACUAGGUGUUGUCCGCCUUGCCAAGCGUCUUCCAAUCGACCACACUGAAUCCAUCUUAACCGUACGAGCGACAGACGGUGGUAAAUAUCCACUAAGUGACACUGCAAACGUUAGAAUUCAAACAAGUUCUUACGAUGGGCAUGGAUUUAGGUUUACAAGAGAGUUGUACCAACGAACGGCGAGAGAUACGACAGCACUCGGAUCGGUGCUAUUAGUAGUAUCCACGCAGCCAAACGGAGUGGCAAGAUAUUCCAUGAAACAACCAUGUCCACAUUUUGACGUGCAUGCGGCCUCUGGUGCUGUAACACUCAAACGAUGGUUGACGAGGGAACGUGCAAAAAGUGUGGCAUGUACUGUAGUCGCACGGAACAGGGCCGGGGAGGAGGACACUGCUAAGGUUGUUAUCAAAACGUCAAGCACUAAUCAACAUUCGCCAAUUUUCAAACAACAAAUAUAUCGUGGAUUUUUACGAGAAAAUAACCCUAGUGGUUCCUCUGUUCUGCUCGCUGACAACUCUCCUUUACUAAUAUCGGCAACGGAUAAGGAUGUAGGACCGAGUGGCCUAAUCGGUUAUCGCCUACUCAAUCCGAAUGAACCAUAUUUCGUUGUGGAUUUUGUAACUGGAGCCAUUCGAUCCAGGAAGCCACUUGAUUAUGAAAAGCUAAAGGAAUGGAUAUUCUAUGUUCAGGCUAGCGAUAUGGGAGAACCAGUAAGAGCAUCUCCGAUUCCGGCGAUGGUAAUUGUGUCAGUGAUCGAUACAAAUGAUCAAAAGCCUGUUUUCACAAAACCACGAUACGACUUUGACCUCGUGCUACCUACCGUAGCUAACACAAUCAUAGCGAGACCAAUUGCGAAAGAUGAGGAUACUGUAGGAAAGCUGCGAUACUCCAUUAAGGGCAGCACAUUUUCCAAACUGUUCGCCGUCAAUUCCACAGAUGGAUCGGUUACUGUAUUAACGUCUGACCCUAAAUUGUUGAAUGAGACCAAAUAUAAGGUGGAGGUUCUGGCAUCGGAUGGUGUCCAUACUGCGUCAAGUACGAUUCACAUCGAAGUAAAGAACACAUCGGGAAGAAAAGUCGGUCUAAGAUUCCCUCAAGUAGAGUAUCAUGGAAGUGUUAAAGAGAACACUACGUAUUCUAUGGGAGAACCUCUCGUGGCAGUUACCGCAGUGGGUGCACCAGAAGGUGCCAGCGUAACGUAUAGUAUUCUGAAUGAACGAGAAGAACUGUUCAUUCACGAGGGUACAGGAAUGAUUGCCCUAACUGGGAAACGAUUCGAUAGAGAAGAUGAACCCAUUGUCCGUCUACUGGUCCAGGCUCGUACUCAUGAACGAAAACCACAAUUUGCACAGACUGUUGUCGCUAUCCGAAUAGACGACGUUAACGACUGUACGCCUGUGUUCGUUGGGUUGCCCUAUGAUGUAGUAGUCAGUUCGGACGCAGCGCUCGGCGACAAAAUAAUGACCGUAAAAGCAGUUGACAAAGACAUAGGAAUGAAUGGGAUCGUACGGUACCACAGUUCCUCUUUACCUUCGGUUUUCAAACUGAACAAACAUGACGGAAAGAUUUCUGUGAAUGGGAAGUUGAACGAUGCUAAAGUGUAUCAUUUCGAGAUUGUGGCGACAGAUCAAGGUGAACCUGCACUGAAGAGCUCUGUGACUGUACGGGUGGAGGUUGUCGAUAAGGCAAGACCAAUCUUUUCGAAGAAACAGUACUUUGCAAGCGUUUCGGAGGCGUCACCAAGGAAUACUGUUGUGACAAAAGUGAAAGCUUCAAGCAGUGUUGGCAGCCACUUGAUGUACACUAUCUCUGAUGGAAAUGAGGAAAAUCUAUUUUCAAUUGACAUGGCUACAGGCGUUUUGAGCGUUAAUGGAGAUCUGGACGCUGAGGAUACUUCUUCAUAUAAUUUGACCGUAAUGGCAAGAGAUGUGACAAGGAAUAAUUUGAACUCAACAGCCGUUGUCAACAUAAAAAUAACUGGCGUGAAUGACAAUGGCCCUCGAUUUGAACACCUUAUCUAUCGAGUUAAUGUUUCCGAAUCUACUCCGGUUGACACCACACUAAUAACAGUGAAAGCCACAGAUCCGGAUGGUGAUAAUGGUGCUAUUAGUUACGCAGUUUCGGGACAAGACUCAAAAAUAGUCCAAAUGGAUCCCACUACUGGAGUGGUGAAAUUGGCACAAUUGCUCGACUUUGAGAAGAAACAGCGUUAUGAAGUUACGUUGGUGGCAGCAGAUGAGUCACAACUCACAGGAGAAUCGAAAUUAAUGCUAGCGGUCGAGGACGUCAAUGAUGAGCCACCAAAGUUUUCGACACCGUUUGCGUCAGCUACAGUAUCGGACACAGCAACGUCAGGACAAUUUGUGGCAAUCAUGAGCGUCACAGACGAUGAUACCGUAUCCUCUAUCGAAGGUGGUCACCGUCUUCUCUACUCUAUCAUCGAAGGUGACGAGACAUUGUUCUCAGUCUCAGAACAUAGCGGAGAAGUGACACUUCUUCGAUCGAUUGACAAUGAUGACGUUCACGGAGAUAGUGGGAAGAAGACGUUGAAUGUAUCGGUGUCGGAUGGAUUAUUCACUGCGUACGGGCAACUUAUCACAACCAUUGCCGUAUCUGGACGUCGACAACCGCCACCAAGGUUUGAGCAGAGCCAGUACGUGGUGGCACUCAGGGAGAACAAUGCAUUGACCAACAAGACUUCAAUUCUGACGGUCCAAGCUCGUGACGGUGUGCCUCCUCUUCACUACUCCAUUGGUAGUGGAGAUUCUCGAACGAAACCACUACGGAUAGAGAAGCUAACUGGAAGGAUACAUCCAAAAAUCGUCUUCAACCACCAUACCCAGCAAAGUUAUAGACUUCCAUUGAUGGUAGAGGAUGCGAUUGGUCGACGGGCGUUCAGUACGCUAACUCUUAACGUGAUUGAUGAGAAUGACAGUACACCAACUUUUGUCGUCUCGAAAUAUUCAACGUCCAUAGCUGUAAAUUCUCGCGAAGGUGAAGCGUUGCUAAUGGUCUCAGCCACCGAUGACGACGUGGACGAUUUGGUUGAAUACGCGCUUUUGGGAGAUGAUAAAGCAAGUUCGACAUUUAAACUACAUCCACGACAUGGGACCUUGUCUGUGGUGGGCCCACUGGAGACGUAUGUGGGUUCCACGGUGAAUUUCGCUGUACGAGCUACAGAUCAGGCAAAUCCGCCACACCACGGAACUGCUCAAGUAUCUGUUGCAAUUCUUCCCGAAAAUACUCCAGUACCGAGAUUUAGUAACAGCCACUAUUUGUUUGUUGUUGCCGAAGAUUGUGCUGUUGGAACUGUGAUUGGAACGUUACAACAGACUGAAGAUGUGCCCGAUGUUCGUUUUUCCGUAUUUGAAGCACCUCCGGAUAUUCCAGUCACUGUUGACCGCUCGACAGGAAAACUGAUUGUUCGGCAGCCACUUGACAAGGAGAAGAAGGAAGUUUGGCGAUUCGCUGUUCGAGCUGACGCUACAGGAGAGGCGCAUACGAUGACAACAGUGACACUUCGCCUAUCUGAUGUUAACGACCACGCACCGAUAUUCCUGGGAGCUUAUGAUCGAUUAUCGAUUAGUGAAGAUGCACCAGUUGGAACGAGUGUAGCUGUAUUUUCCGCAACAGAUCUGGACAAAUCCCCAGGAGGAACAAUUGCAUUCAGCUUACUAGAGAAGGGAAAGUCGAACAACGCGUUCAAAGUCGAUCAGGAAUCAGGAUGGUUAACUGUUGCUUCACCGUUGGAUCGAGAAACAACGCCAUUACACGAAUUGGUUGUGAGAGCAACAGAUGAAGGAGGACUUUUCACAGAUCACAAAUUCAAUAUUGAGGUUACUGACGUGAAUGAUGAACCACCUCGAUUUGAUGAGAACUUCUACAUUGUCAGCAUUGAUGCCAGCCAUCUUACUAUCGGGCAAAUUAUAGCAAGAGUGGAAGUGACGGACAAUGAUUUACCUCCAUUCAACAACACCCGUCUGUUCAUUAGUCGAGGAAAUGACGAUGAUAUGUUUAAGAUAGAUGAUUCGGGAAAAAUCUUUAUUGCACGCCUAAAUCAACAUGUGGUGCGACAAAACUACAAUCUUACGCUGUUAGCGUUUGAUGGGACUCAUGCUAGCAGUGCUCUGAUGAUGGUUACAUUAAACAGUGGAGGAAUGUCUACAUUUGAAUGUGAUCCUGACAAGAAAAUUGAAAAUCACGUCUUCGCAAUGACUGGUGCACGUUAUUUGCUGAUUUCCUCCGAAGUUUUGCCAUUUGUUGCUGAUCACAAUACAGGAUCGAUAACGGUCAGUGCUGCACUAGACGCUGAAGUAAGAAAAAAGUAUAUCUUCACAAGACAAUUGGAAAUCAAGAAUUCUGGCUCCUCUUGCAACCAACAAGUCACCGUGAUAGUAAAAGACGUCAACGAUGAAACUCCCAAAUUCGUAAAGGACGAAUUUGUUGCCUCUAUCCGAGAAAAUGAACCAGCAAGCAAGUCUGAGCGAUAUUACGUCACAAGAGUGCAUGCUGUCGAUAAGGAUUCUGGCGCUUACGGACGUGUCCAAUAUAGUUUGGUGUCAGACCACGGGUUAUUCGUGAUUGACAGUGAGACUGGUGCUAUAACUGCGACCCGACCUCUGGACCGAGAACAAACACCUGAGUAUGUACUGCAUGUCCUGGCUAGUGAUUCCGAUCCGAUUAAGCCAAGAAGUAGCAGAGCAACUGUGCGGAUAACCGUUAUUGACCAGAACGAUAACCCACCCCAGUUUGAAAGAAGUGAAUAUGCUCUCCAAGUAAUGGAAUCGGAAUCUGUCGGCUAUACACUAGUGACUCUACGAGCGCAAGGGGGAGAUCACGGCGAGACUGUCAUUUACACACUUGCUGAGAACGGAACUCACAAUUCUUUUGUUGAACUGGACAAGGCGAAAGGCAUCUUAAAGCUUGCAAAAGGCUUGGAUUUUGAAAAGGAGAAGAUGUUGUCUGUUAUAGUCCUAGCAACAGAUUCUGGAACGCCUCCAUUGUCAUCUGAGGCUGUGGUCACAAUACAGGUACUCGACGAGAACGAUAACGUUCCUGUAUUUUCCAAGGAGAGCUACAAAGCUUCGAUUGAUGAAAACUCGGCUAAUGGAACGAAAGUGUUGAGAGUGAGCGCCGUCGAUGCUGAUAGUGAACACUACGGUCGCGUGGCUUACACCAUCAAAGAUAACACUGGACCUUUUCAAAUUGAUGACAGCGGUUGGAUUACGGUAGCAGGAGUGCUCGAUAGAGAGUCGAAACCAUAUCAUCGAUUCCAAGUUGAAGCCCGUGAUGGAGGUGAACCACCACAAAAAUCUCUAGUUACUGUCCUUAUUGAUGUGAACGAUGUGAAUGAUAACGCUCCAGUAUUUGCGGAUUGUAAUAUGACAGCUGUGGUGCAGGAAGGAGUUAUGCCUGGUCAUGUGAUCCUUAUUCUUUCGUUAACCGAUGCGGAUGGUCCGCAAUACGGCAGUCCUUUCCGCGUUGAAGUCAAGGGAGAGGGCUCGAAAUCAUUCGCAGUAGAUGAUCAGUACAACCUCGUCACCGUCGCUCGUUUUGACCACUCUAAGAGAGACAGAUUCUUGCUUACGUUGAUUGCGUACGAUCGUGGAAAUCGAUCCACAGAUUGUCCAUUGACGGUAUUUGUGAAGGAAGAAAGCAGGCAUCCACCCAAAAUUACGCCGUUGAGGAUCGCUUUAAUGACUCUCAUGGGAGAAUUUAAAGGAGGAGUCAUUGGAAGAGUGCAAGCAAGGGAUGAGGAUUCUGGUGACAUGUUACGGUACUCGAUUGUUGAUGGCAGUGUUGUUGGACCACUUGCAACAGAACUCCAUCCGAGAGCUCAUGGCGUCAAACCGCAUUUGUUCCGUGUUGAUGCUAAAACUGGCGAGGUUUGGAGUGAUUAUGGGAUUCCCGGAGGGCUCCAUGCUUUCAACAUCUCCGUCACAGAUGGAAAGUACACCACUGUCAGUUAUGUGGAAGUAGAGGUAACAUCGCUGGAACAAGAUGCAGUAGAUCAUGCCGUGUCCGUGCGGCUAAAAGGAAUGACUGCGUUGGAAUUCUUCACUGAACACGUAGCAACUUUCCGCUCAAUUUUCGCACAACAUUUGAACGUUGAUCCUAAAAAUAUCCAACUACUAAGUGUACAAGAGACAGUUAGAGGACGCACUGCGCGAGCUGUAGCGGUACCAACUGCUAAAACUACAGAUCUUGAUAUCCUGUUCACUGUUUCAAGAGGAGGCGGUCGUGGAAUGCUGAAACCGGACCAUGUCUACACGAGACUCAAGCAUGAUUUUCAGAGCAUAACAGACCAAAGCGGAAAAAUGAAAUAUCAGUUAACUACGGAAAUGUGUACUCCUGGAGUGUGUCACAGAGGAGAAUGUCGUGAACGAGUCUAUCUUGACGAUCAAGAACAAACUGUCAUUUCCAUUGGAGGCAUAUCUUUCGUUGCACCGCAUCACAAUCGCCUCGCCGAGUGUAUUUGUCCAGAAGGUUAUGGUGGACCUCGUUGUGAAUUGGAGAUCAAUGCAUGUGCACGAUCACCUUGUCAACCGUGGGAAAUGUGUGUACCGGCGGAUAGUGGUAGACAUGAUUGCAUUUGCCCUCCUGGAACAACCGGUGAUCGAUGUGCUCAGCCAUCCUGUGAAAAUGAAGGUCGUUGUUUGGACGAAGCAGAACUCUCCGUUGGUGGUGAUGGAUACUUUGAAAUGACUGUAGCUCAUGAAAUGGAGACCCGAAUGGAAAUAGAAGUUGAAUUGAAGACAACUACCCUUAAAGGAGUGAUUUUUCACGCUCACGGGCCCAGCGAUUACCAUAUUCUGGAGCUUGUCGAUGGACGAAUUGUAUAUCGAUGGGAUGCCGGGUCUGGAGAAGGCUCAGUCACUACCGAUGCGUCUAUUGCCGAUGCGCAAUGGCAUCGAGUUUCAGUUAGUCGACGAGGACGAAGGACAAGAUUAGUCUUGGAUGGAGCGGAUACAAAAGAGGGAUGGAGUCCACCCGGUAGUGAUGUUAUCAAUCUCUACUCGACCAGUCAUCGUCUAUACUUUGGGGCUCGCAUAGAACGUGAUAAUGCUUCGUCAAUUUCAAUUUCAAAUGCUAUUGUGGCGUGCUUCCGUGCUAUUUCAGUUGAUCGGAGAAGCGUUCCAAAGACAAGACAAGGACUACGUCUAUUCGCUGCCACCACUGGAUGCCGUGCUAUGGCUGCAACUCCUUGCUCAGAAGCACCGUGUAACAACGGAGGAGCAUGCCAUGUCAUUGGAAGAACCUACCAGUGUUUGUGUCCCGCACGUUACACUGGGGUGAAUUGUGAAAUCGACUCUGACCCAUGUGGAUCUCGGCCGUGUCCCCUGGGGAUCCAAUGCAUUCCGUUCUACAAUGAAUAUCUAUGCAAGUGUCCGAAUGGUUUCACUGGAAAAAGAUGCGAAAUUAGAGGAUAUGAUGUCGAGGAUGCAUGCGCCACAGAACCAUGUGGAGAGCAUGGCACAUGUAUACCGAUUCCUCGGCAGCAUGCACAUAAUUUGGGCUACAUUUGCAAUUGCACACAUGGAUUUUCUGGAAAGACUUGUGACGAUGUUGCACCAUCGUUCAUGGCUCGAAUUUCUCUAGCGGAACUUAUAGUUGCUCUUGCUAUUCUGAUGCUUAUUAUAAUUGUGAUAUUUGCAAUUAUAAUGGUGUGUAGAUGCCUGAAAAUGAAGAGUGAGGACGGGAAGUAUGGAGAGCAUGUCCAUGCUGUGACACAUGUGCGAAAUCCGAACGCAGUACCACCAGUUGUAACAGCACCACCACCUCUCCCACCUCGCGCAUUCCGUGGUGGAAAUCAGAUGAUAUCUAAUCUAGAACAAGCGCAGUUGACCGGAUUACCAACAGUACAGGUUCGCCCUCUGCCACAACGUGAGCGGUUGUCUUCAAGUGGAAGAACCGACUCGCGAUCUCCUUCACUGGCAGGCUCAGGGAAACAAUGGAAACGAGUCACUGAUUACGGUAGCGCAGGAGAUGAUCUGGAUGAGUCGGGAAGAGCCUCACACGAUUCCGGCGCCUUAGAAGCGCUACGUCGUUUUGGUUUUCGGGUUCCUGAGGAGGAUGACACGAGUAAUGCCGUUGGAAAAAAUCGUGCUCAGAAGACAGAUAGAGCCUCGGCCGUUACUCGAGAUGCGCUGUCUUCGCUGAACCAAGAAAGGCAGCCACUGGCAGAUUCCAUUCAAUGUCUACCCACCACUGAAGAAGACGAUGGUGGUGAAAAAUGGGGUGAUGGGGUCGAUCGGAUUGGAGCAGCGAUACAAUUGGAACGAUUGAGGAUUGAGUCACUCACUGGACGUGUGAAGGUGGGUGAAACCGUGCUGAGUCCAGUGGUAAACGAUGACGACUACAUGACGAUGCGCCCACGACGUAAUAUGGGUCCUGGAGCAUCCAGUGAAUCACAACGGCGACCACUUCUGGAUAAUGGAGAUGAUAGUGAUGGUGUAGAUGGCCCUGAAAUCACUCACUCGGCCCCACCCCCGCCCAGUCAUAAGAAUCUUCUGUUCAAUUCCCGAGUCUACGACGAUCCUCCCUGUCGUGCAGGCGGUGAUACGGAUUCGUUAGCUACGUCUGCUAUUUGUGAUAUCGAUGCUAGCGACACGGAGGAUCUACCCAUUGAUACUGUAUUAUAG